AGUACGGUUUUAUAUUGCAUGAAUGUGUAGGAUGACCCGUUUAAAAGUCAGUUUUACAUUUAUUUUCAUGAUUUUCCUUAUACGCCUUACUACGCGAUUCAUUGGGUUCGUUCGAAGCGGCAGUGUAAUAGGUAUAUCGGGUGGGCUGGGCCACGAUAUCGGUAUAUAUUUUAUACCCAUGCCUGACGCUUCGCGGUUGAUUAAUGGCGUAAUAUAUAAGGUAUUAUGGUAAAUCGUCAGAGAGCAGUGCCUAGUGACAUUAACGCAUCGGUACCGACGGAUUGGGUAAUGUAAUAAGGCCUAUAGACGUAGCGCGAAACCGGAUAGUUCGGCCGAAUAUUAGAUUUGGUAAUAGUCAAACCGAAUAAUAUUCGGUUAAAUCAGUAUUCUACGCAUCUCCAGUAAAAAAUAUAUAAUAUAAUAUUGGUUUGCUUUUUGUGUAGUCAUUAUUAUAAUAUUAACAAAAGGAAAAAAAAAAAUAGUAUUUUCGAAGGCCGGUAUAACCGGUUUUUACGCCAUUUGCGGUAUUUUACGAUUUUUAUUCAGCGUUUGAGACUUGUGACAGCUUUCAGACAAUCAUUCGUUCACUGUUUGUUUGUCAGCUGUUUGUCCGCCCGGUUCUAUUUAAAACUUCCGAAAAUGUGUUAAAAAUUCUUGUUCAUUUAAAAUAAAAUAGAAAAUAUAACAUAAAAAUAUGAAAAGCAAUUUAAGUUCCUUUGAACUGUCUGUUUGUGUUUUUCUGUGGACAUUUGCAAAUUUGUAUACUUUGGUUAAAUUAUAUCAGUCACAAACAGAAAUAUUAGAAAACAAUCCUGAUGCGGCGAGUCAAUUGAGUGAUUUGGAGCCAGGUUGGAGUUUUCUGUCAAGACUAAAGGAUGUCUCAGACAUUGAAUGGACCAGUUGGAAAUAUUUUAUUAAAAUAUCCUGGUUUUAUCUAAUAGUCCAGUCCAUAAUAACAGAAAUUAUACGCAGGAAGCAAGUAUGCCAGUUAAAAUACUGGUAUAUAAUAUCCAGCAUGAUAUUUGUAGUCAUAUACUUGGGAUACAAGCAAUUGCUUCUAAUAAUGGUCCAGCCUGUGUUAUAUGCAACAGUCAUAUUUUUGGGUGGUAAAAACAGUGAUAUUUGGAUUACAAGCUCUUUGUUGCUUUUGAGUUACAACUCAAUUAAAUACAGAACAUUUUUUUGGUAUUUUCUGGAAUAUGAAAAUUUAUAUGAUGAGGAAGUAUAUCUGAUUUUAUUCUGCAUUCCAUGGGUGGAAUUAAGAUGUAUAAGCUUUUGUCUCGAUUAUGUAGAAAAAUCAAAAGACUCUUCUAAAAAAAAUAGUAAAAUUGAGACCUUAAUUGACCUCACAAGUUAUGUUUUAUAUGUUCCACUACUAUACACUGGACCUGUGAUAUUAUAUGAAGAUUUCAUGAAGAGUUUUUCUUUUCCCAAUCAAGAAGCAUCAGUCAAAUUAAAGCAUUUUAUUUUGGACAUGUUUUUAUUUCUAUUUUACACAUUUGUAAUGGAUGCUUCAUUGCAUUAUAUUUACUUUUAUGCAAUGCACAGUGAUAUGGAGCUAGUCAGAAUGUUUCCGACUCUGGCCCUAUGCGGUGGUGGCUUGUGGAUGGGUUUACAGUUCCAUAUGAAGUAUGUGAUAGCAUAUGGCACCACAGCUGCUUUUGCAAGACUUGACAACAUGGAAAUGCCCCCAACACCUAGAUGUAUAGCCAGAAUACAUGUUUACUCACAAAUGUGGAGAUAUUUUGAUGUUGGCCUUUAUAGAUUUUUAGUUAAGUACAUUUACAAACCCAGUUUUGAAGCACUAUCUGAAUGGUUCACAUUACCUCAGAUUAUCAUCAAAUUAAUUGCAUCUUUUGCCACAUUUGUAUUCAUAUUUAUGUGGCAUGGAACUAUAAUGCGUGUAUUUGUGUGGUCUGUAUUGAACUAUUUGGGUAUUACUUUAGAAUAUUUUAGUAAAGCCAUAUCUACGACUGAACAGUAUAAGUGGUUUAAAAAGAACAUUUUAAGGACAGAGGCAAUGGAAACACGGUUCACAGCAAUGCUCUGUGUACCUCUCUUACACCUUUCUGCUAUAUCAAACUUCUAUUUAUUUGCUGGCAGAAAAAUAGGUAAUUACUAUUUUCAGUAUUUCCUACCUUUUGUUCUGAACUUCAAUUCUGUUGUAAUAUUUAUAUCACUAUACUGUUGUUGCAUAGUAUCCAUGGCUCUGCAAGAUGUUCCAUCAAGAACAGAUAAAAAGUUGCAUGUCAAAGUUAAUAAGUCUGAAAUGAAAUGUGAAUGAACUUAUAACAUUUGACUGAUUAAAACAUAAGACACAGUAUUUAAUAAAAUA